AUGUGGGUGCGCGUGGUGUUGGCCUGUGCGGUCCUUUGCGCAUGCGCGCGCGCCUGGCCCGGCGGGGCCGUGUGCGCGCGGGAGGUGGCGGGCGGGGGCGGCACGCGCUACGUGGCGUUCCUGGGCCGCGGUACCGGCACCGGCCCCGCGCUGGUCGAGAGCGCCUUGGCCGACCCCGGCCGCCUUCGCGCCUGCUGGGCCCGCCGCGACCCGCGUCUCGUCCGCGCCUUCCGCGCCGCCUGCGCACGCCGCCCGCCCGCCGUGCCCGGGGCCGCGCUGCGCCGGGCCCUGUCCGCGCUGUGGCGGCGCCGCGCCGCCUGCACCGACCCCGCAAAGGCGGGAGCGCAGCGCCAACGCCGCCGCCGGGGCUGGACGCUGCCGGGCACGUUGUGGUGUGGCGCCGGGGACUCGGCAGGGAACUGGAGCGAGCUGGGGCUGUUCCGCGGCCCCGAUCGGUGCUGCCGGGAGCACGACCAGUGCUGGGCGCAGAUCACGGCGCUGCAGUUCAACUACGGCAUCCGCAACUACCGCCUGCACACCGUGUCCCACUGCGACUGCGACGCCAGGUUCCGGCAUUGCCUGCUCGCCAUCAACGACACCGUGUCCAACAUCAUCGGCGUCACCUUCUUCAACCUGCUGGAGGUGCCGUGCUUCGUGCUAGAAGAGAGCGAGGAGUGCAUCCAGUGGCACUGGUGGGGCGGGUGCGAGCGUUAUGGUGUUGUACCCUUGGCCAGGAUGGUGCAGCAGAGUCAGUACCACCCUAGCCUGCCCGCAGAGGAGAGAGGCAACUCUGCUGCACAGCCCCCGGGUAAGGGAAGGAAUUCCUCUAGAGCAGGGCGUAAGCGGCUCCGACAGGAACUGGAGCCGAAGCCUGGGCGCCGCCAGGCACGGAGACCUGAGACAGCCCAGCAGGACCCAGGUAUCCCUGCGUUGGCCAGGGACAGGGCUGAGCCCACAGCCAGGCACCGAGCAGCACAGCAAGGGCUGAAGCCUGGCCCCCCAACAGCACUGACCAUGUUGGGACAGGAUCCAGCUGGAGCAAGGAGCGCACUGGGAAGAGCAGAGCAAGGAGCUGAGGGCUUGGCCUACCCUUGGGAUGGCAGUGUGAGACCCAGCCCAACUGCAGCAGGAUGGAGUGGGCCCACCCCAGUGCCCGAGGUGGAGGAGCGCAGGCAGCACGGCCCAGGCAGGGUGUGCAGGUGCUACAAGCACCUGGGUAAGUGUGAGCACCAGAUCGCACCCCACGAGGUGAGGUACCAGCUGCACAACGUGAACAGCCAGACACUCCUCCACUGCAACUGCACCCGCAGGCUGGAGCGGUGCCUGCGCAGGGUGAGGAACUGCAGUAACAUGGAGGUGGCUGUCCUGGCUAACCACAUUGCCACAGACUGCUUUGUUCUGGAGCAGCUUGCUGCCUGCAGCCCAGGCAGGGGUUCUCAGGACAGGAAUCACGGCUCCUGGCAAAAAAGACCCGGAUCUGAGUCCUCAGCCCCUGCCAGCCCUAAAGGCCAGGGCAGCGCAUGUGACAGCGGUUCUGCAGCCCCGAAGCUGUGUCCUUCAGCAGCGCAAAGCCACAUCCCUCACAACACAUCAAUGCCAUUGCGCAACGGGCACCAGCAAAGGGCCCGUGGGCUCAUUUGGCAGCAGCCAGGAGUCGUCUCAGUCUCAGGGACAUGUUUCAACAGGGAGGGAGGGCAGUGCCCAGGAAAGCCCCAGUGCUCGGAGACAGCGGGGGCAGGUAGCCCGUGGCUCUGUUAUGAUAUCCCGCACGGACAGCGGCACCAGGCAUUCUCCUCACAGGAGCCUGCCUGACUGCAGUCCCGCACCCCAAAUCCUCCAGCUGAACCCUUCACAGUGGGAGGAGAGGUGCAGCUCCAAAGCACAGCGGAGGCCUCGGCACCGCGCUCCCUGUCCCCGCGAUGCCCCCGCGGCCCCACUCACCGGAACGCGCCGUCCUCCGAGGCCCGUCCCGGGCAGUCCGGCAGCGGAUCGCAGGCGUCGCCAGAGCCGGGGCGGCCGAGGGGCCGGCCGAGGAGGGGCAGCUCGCCCGGCUCCGCUCGGGGGGCCAAGCCUGCCCACCCGCCGGCGAGGAACUCGCUGGACACGGCCUUGGGCAGCGCGGGGGCGCGGGGCACGGCGGGGCCCGCCCAGGCCGCGAUGUGGUCGCUGGACUCCGCCUUAGGCAGCAUCUCCCGCCGCUCCGGCGCGGGAAAGGCGGCCCGGCCGAGCGCUGUUGGAGACAGAGGGCCACCCGGCCCGGGGGGCAGCAGGGCCGGCAGCGGGAGCCCCUCGGGCGGGGUCCGGCCCGGGGGCCGCUCCUCGGGCCCGGCGCGCCGUGGGCAGCCGUGCCCGAAGGGGUCGCAGGCGGCGUCCGGCCGGGAGCUCCUACGGCCGACCGGGACGCCGCCGCUGAGGAAUGGUGCCGCCGAAGCCCCUGCCUCGGGCAAGGGCCGGGCUGCGCCCCCGGGGCCGCGCGGGAGGCCGGGCCGGGGCUCCGCGCCGGCGGUUGAGCCCCGGUCGGCGCUGCCGCGCCGGGCCGGGUCCAUCGGCGGGCGGAGACCGGAGCAGCCCCGACCCGGCCCCGCACACCUUGCGGCCCCGCCACGUGACGUCACCACACCAUGACGUCAACGCCCGCCACCUGCGCGGCGCCUUAAAGGCGCAGGAGCAUCCCCGCCUCGCGCGCACCUGCCGCACCGCCCUGCCCACGUGACGGCCCGAGACGCGCCCCUCCUCUGCCCCCGCCAGCCUGUCCUUACACCUGCACACCCGUCCCUGCUCACCUGUCCUUACAUCUGCACACCCGUCCUUGCAUCUGCACACCUGUCUUUGUGUGUGCACAACUGUCUUUGCACAUGGAUGACUAACCUCGCUCAUGUACUGCAGUCCUGCACGUACACACGUACACACAUCUUUUGCGCAUGCACAACAGCCAUUGCAAGUACACACCUGUCCUCGCACACCUGCCCUUGCCUAUGCACCUCUGCCCCUGCCUAUGCACCUCUGCCCCUACCUGCCUGUCUGCCUUAGUGCAUUAUUGUGUGUGCAGCUGUGCUCACCACUGUGGCUGUUGUGUCAGCGCCGGGUGUGUCUGUGGUUUGCUGUGGAGUGUUUGCGAUGUUGGGUGCAUGCACACCCUUGGGCAGCCGUGAGUGUGUGCAGCUGCUUGUGUGUGGCUGUGUGUGCAGCUAUGUUUGUGGCUCUGUGUGUAGCUCUGUGUGUGUGCAGCUGUGUGUGUGGCUCUGUGUGUGUGGCUGUGUGCAGCUCUGUGUGGCUCUGUGUGUGCGCAGCUCUACGUGCAGCUAUGUGUGUGGCUGUGUGUGUAUGGCCUUGCAUGGCUGUGUGUGUGAAGCUGUGUGUGCAGCUGUCUGGCUGUGUCUGUGUGUGCCUCUGCGAGUGGGCGCUGCUUUGUCUGUGCACAGCAGUGUCCCUGUGCUUGUCCUAUUUACAGGGACUGGGACAAGUUUAUCACUAUGUGGAUAUAAUCAAAACUGUAUUCUACACCCUUCCAAUGGACUGGUAAUAAAUGGAUUGUUUGCAGCAGCUGCCCAGGGCAGCCUGACACCUCAGGCUACAAGCUGGAUGUUAAACAAACCCUGAGAGACAGGGGAAUGUUCUUUUAUUUGCGCAGCAAUGACUCAGCUGUGAUAACUCCCCUUCGGAAAGGCAUUAACACCUUCACCCCCAGCCUCAGGGUUCAUCUCUGCUAAUGGACCACCUUGGACUGACAUAAUAGGCAGCUGCAACACCCAGACCAUCAAGGACUCCAAAAAUAUCCCAUGACUCACAGAGUUAAAUCACCCAUUGUGAAGCUCCCUGCCCUGGUGGAGGUACUGGGCAUUCCCACCUGAACUUGAGCAUAUAUAAACUUUGGGUUUUGGGACUUCUGGUACCACUCACCAGAUCCAGAGGAGGACCAAAACUUGGACAGAACUGCGAUCAUCAUCCGGACCAACAGGUUUUCUUUUACUUUGCACCCAGGGGGGCCACGUGAUGCUCAGCACAGGGGUUGACAAACACCGUUCUGUUCUUGUCCCAGGGUGUGGGGUUAUACAUCUGCUUUUGUGGGUUAAAACCAGUUUUUCUCUCUAUUGUUGUAUUCAUUGUAAUCUUUUUAGUAAAUUAUAACUCUGAUUUGUAA